AUGACGCGCAGAGGCGCAAAGCAACGAUUGCAUAUGGUCUCGCGACACUUUCAGAGCGGCGCGAAGCACGAGGGAACCGCACAGCUGUCGGGUGCGCCACGCCGCGAUGUCGGCGUGCUUCGAAUCGGGCCGCACGUUGCGAUUCCGGUGCAGGCGCCAGACCAGGCGGACCGCAUACCUCCUGCGCGGCUGCUACUCGAUCCCGAGGACCCGAUCGUGCUUGAGCACCUCGAGUUCCUCGGCAAAAAGUGGCAGCUUCGGCAGGAUGUGUUCCUUGCGUCGCCACCCGGCCCUUAUACGCGCCGUCUCUGUCAGACAUUUGCUUCCUUGCUGCAGAUUCCGGUAGAGUACAUAUCCCUGCACCGCGAUAUUGGCGAGGCGGAGCUUCUUCAGCAGCGGUCGCUCGAGGCUGGCGGUAAUCUGCGGUACGACGACGGGCCGGUAGUGCGCGCGAUGAAGCAUGGACACAUUCUCCUCCUCGACGGUAUUGAGCGUGCAGAGCGCGGCGUAAUGCCCGUCCUGAACAACAUUCUCGAGAACAGGGAGCAGAACCUGGCCGACGGUACGCAGCUCGUGCCUGCGGCGCGCGCGCAGCAAGGCAAGGAGCGCCGCUUUGUCGCCGUGCACCCCGACUUUCGCGUAUUCUGCCUCGGCGUGCCGGUGCCGCCGUACCGCGGCCACCCCCUCGACCCUCCUUUCCGCUCGCGCUUCCAGGCACGCUGGGCCGAAGGCGCCGUGUACGUCGCGCCGUCCCCCAGCGAAGUCCGCGGCGUGGAGAAGGCGCACGGCGACGCGCUGCGCGGAAAGUGGGCCGAAUGGGCGGCGCUUGUGCGCGCGCAUGCCGACAUGACGCAGAAAACGGGCCUGCUGCCCUCGACCGAGCAGCUUCCGCACGUCCCUUUGACCGCAGUGCCGCUGAUGCGUGAUAUUUGUGCGACGUUUCCACCGGUAGACACCCUCCAGAGUCCCAACGCACAGGGCGCUCGGCCCGCCUCGCCGCCGCCUGCGCCUGCGCCGACCGGCACCAUCAACCAAAAGAUGGGCCUCCCUGACCCUGACGUGCGCCGCGACGAGCUUGCGCGGCCGCGCCCUUCUCCCAGCGCUGAAAUAACACCCAUUGCACAGCCCACCCUGUCGAUGCUGAGCACGGCCUACCCGGCGCUCCUCGACAUGCCUGCAGACAAGCAAAAGAUUCUGCGUGAGAUGCUUACACGCCUUGGACUCGAUGCAGGCGUCGGCGCGGGUAUGCACGAUACAAUCGCGCACGGCGCGGGCCUCCUUGGCUUCCAGAUACGCGACAUUGUGCGCAAGGACGAUGCUCGUGCGACGCUCUCGUUUGUGCACCCAAGCACACACGCAAGCGUCACAGUAGACGCCGCGUGCGGCCCACUGCCCCUUGUUCCCCUUGCCGAUCUGUCUACCGUCGCACAGGAUGUGCUCAUGACGCCGCGUCUGCAGUCGAUCCUCUCGACCAUGCUGCAGCUGCACGCAGUCGACCGCGAUAUCUGCGCCAUCCCAGCGUCGCUCCAAGGCAGCAUCGUGCGCGCACAAGCCUCGUCCUCCAAGACGGUCUGUGUGCGCCUCUUUGCCGCCUUGCUCGGGUUCCCCGUCGAGACACUGUGGCUCUGGAAAGACAUUGGGGGCCAGGAGCUCUUUAUGCGCCGCGCCACGACGCCCGACGGGGCGACUGUGUGGCACCCUGCGCCGCUCAGUACCGUCGCAAACACGGGUGGCAUCAUCCAUCUCGCCGGUGCAGACGUGCUCGGCCCGACAAUCGACGCGUUGGGACGCCUUACGCAGGACCGCGAGCUCGAGCUGUGGGAAGGCACGCGCUUGACGCUUGCCGCGCCGGAUGCGCCCGCCGCGCCAAUCCGCACCGGCGAGGUAUGUCCGCUCGCGCGCAACCUGCGCAUCAUUGCGACGGCGCCAAAUGCCGCCGAGUGGCUUACGGAGAGUGUCUCGACCAUGUUUGCGACGCUCGCCGCGCCGCCAAUGGAAGCAGAGGAAGAGCGCGAGAUCCUUGUGCAGCGCACCAAGUGUGCGCCGCACACGCUCGAUGCGCUCUUUGCUUUUGCCGCGCGCUACCGCGAGCAGAGUGCGGAUCCCAACACGGGCCUGCACAAGGCGCGUCGCCUAGGCACGCGUCAAAUGCUGCGCAUUUCCAUGCACAUGGCGCGCUUCCCUUCGACGGAUAUGUACGCGCUUGUUUGGCGCAACCAGCUCGCGAAUUUCCUUCCCCGCACGGUCCAGGAGCUUGUGCAUGCGAUGCUCAUUGAGACGGGCAUCAUCCCGCACGGCUUUGAAGGCGCUUUCCAGUACGUCGCUCCGCUGCGUGUUGCGCCGCCCGCGAUCGACGGCGGAGCGCUCGCAUUCAGCGACGAGGACGGCAAGUCUUUGCUGCGCGUCGAGCGCUAUCCAUGGCGCGAAAAGGACCCCGACGGCGCGUCCCUCAUUCCCGACGCCGAAGGCUCUUUUGUGCACAACACGCAGCAGUCGGGGCUGCUGUACAGCAUUGUCCAGGACAUGGUCGUGCUGCACGAACACCUCUUGCUCAUGGGCGCCCAAGGCACGGGCAAGAACAAGAUUAUUGACCAGGCGCUCGAGCUCCUCGACCGCCCACGCGAGUAUAUCCAGCUGAACCGCGACUCUACCGUGGGCGAACUGCUCCAGCGUGCGUACCUCGAAAAUGGCCAGCUUCGGUACGCCGACUCCCCGCUCAUCCGCGCUGUGAAGCGCGGCCGCGUGGUGGUCGUCGACGAGGUGGACAAGGCGUCGCCUUCGGUGAGCGCUGUGUUCAAGUCGCUCGCUGAGCGCGGCGAGCUCUCCCUCCCCGACGGCCGGCGUAUCGUGCCGUUUGCCACGGAGGAUGCACGGUACAUUGUAGUCCACCCUGAUUUCCGCCUCGUCCUCCUUGCCAACCGCCCUGGCUGGCCGUUUUUGGGCAACACGUUUACCGAUGUGGUGGGCGAAGGAUUCAGCGCGUACGCCGUCGCGAACCCCGACAUUCACUCCGAGAUCCAGCUCUUGGAAAAGCUGGGGCCCCGCGUCGAGAAAGACACCAUCCGGUCCCUUGUGCUUGCGUUCAACGAUUUGCGCCGCGCGUUUGACGAGGAUCUCAUCAACCAUCCGUAUAGCUUGCGCGAGCUGAUCCACAUUGUGCGGCAUCUCGACAAAUACCCCGACGAGCCGCUGAGCGAUGUGAUGCUCAACAUGCUUGCGUUUGACUUGCACCGCCCGGAGGCGAUGCAGCUUGUGGUGGAGACGUUUGCCGCGCGCGGACUCAAGCUCGGGAGCCUGAGCCUCGAACGGAUCCGCGAGAAUGAAGCGGCGCGCGCCAAAGCCCCGCAAAAGCACGUUCAGUUUGACCAGCCAGACUCGUCGCUCGACAGACCGAAAGAAGGCAAGGACGACCCCAACAACGAUCCGCACGUCGGCGGCAACACAUGGCGCGGCGGCACCGGCGGCCGCGAUACGGCAGGCCUUGGCGGCAAAGGCGGCUACGAGCGCGUCUACAAAGGCCACCAGGUCCACCAGAUCUCGGACGAAGAAAAGCGGGACGUGCCUGAUCACAUUACCGAGGAGGCACGCGCCAUGGCCCGCAAAGCGCUCGCCGAGAAGCUCGCGUCCGACCGUUUGGACCCCGAGGAGCUUGCGUACGUACUCCAGAUCAAGAAACAGGUUGCAGGUCAGGUCCAGCACCUGGCCAAUGUACUGAAUGCACUCAGCGCCAACGAGCACGAACGCAAAUGGUCACUUCGCCAGCAAGAGGGCCAGCUCGACGAGCGCAGGCUCACCGACGGCCUCGCGGGCGACCGCGCCAUCUUUAAGCGCCGCCAGGAGGCGCCGCCGGAGCCAGGCGCGCCGCAGCUCAAGCCUAAGCGCAUCCGCAUCGUGCUCGACGCAUCUGCAUCCAUGUAUAAUAUGCAGUUUGACGGGCGUCUCACGCGCGAGCUGGAGGCAGCGAUGCUGAUCAUGGAAGCCAUCCAGCGCGUGGAUCCGGCGCGAUUUGCGUUUGAUAUGGUGGCGCACUCGGGCGACACGGUCGUCAUUCCGCUCAUCCGCCUCGGCCAGCUGCCCAAGACGGACGGCGAACGGUUCCGUAUUUUGCGUGACAUUGUCACCAUCACGCGGUUCUGUUUUGCAGGGGAUAACACGCUAGAGUGCAUUCAAGAGUCUGUUAAAGCCGUCGACACUGGCGACGCGGACGACUACUUUGUCAUUGCACUCUCUGAUGCAAACCUGGGACGCUAUUUCAUCACACCCGACAUGCUCGGCAAGGCACUCAAGGCCGACGACAAGGUCAAGUCUGCCAUCAUCUUUAUCGACCGCGGCGCAGAGGCCGUGGGCGCGGCCAAGGCGCUGCCAGGGCGUGCUUUUGUUGCGGGCGAGACGCGCGAAAUUCCCCGGAUCCUUUCUGAUAUCCUUACUUCUAUGAUCAAUAAGUAG